AUGGGGCAGCCCUCUCAAGGACCCCAAAGAGGUGUAGAAGACGUGAACUACGUGCAACAAGGGGGAAACAACAAGUACUAUAAUAACCAACGCCCUAACUAUCAGGGUGGAGGUUAUAAUCAGUACGGGAACAUGGGGCAUCACAACCUCUCUUAUGGGAACCCCAAUAAUGCUCUGCAACCACCCCCGGAGUUCACAGUUACUGAUGGAGUGGUUAAUGAUCCAAAGAAGAUGACCACGGAAGACAUACUCAAGUCUUUCAUGCUACAGUCCAACAAGGUCAUGGAGCAGAACAAUCACAGGAUGGAGAAGGUUGGGACAGAUGUGCAAAGUAUGGCCACUCAUCUGAAGAACAUCGACACACAAAUCAGCCAGAUUUCCCAGACUGUGAGUACUAUUACUCAACCGGGAAAAUUCCCUUCGAACACCAUCAUAAAUCCCAAGGACUGCAAAGCUAUACAUCUGAGGAGUGGAAGAAGCUAUGAGGGACCUCCAAUGCCAUCCGAAAAUGAGGAUAGAGUAGCAGAAAAGAGAGCUGAAGAGAAGGAAUUGGUCGAAGAAAAUGAGACUGUGCAGAUUUCUACUCCACCUAAGGAGAACACGACUAUACAUUCACCUACACCACCUACAGCUCAUAGUCCAGUUGAAGUGAGGAUCCCUUAUCCUCCACGUGUUCAGAAGAAGCAGAUAAAUGCUCAGUUUUCAAGGUUCUUAGACAUCUUUAGGAAGGUUAACUUGAAUAUCCCAUUGGUGGAGGCACUUCAAGAAAUGCCUACAUAUGCAAAAAUCCUAAAAGAUAUGCUCUCCAAGAAGAAGAGGUGGACUGACUAUGAGACAGUGAACAUAUAUGAAAACUGUAGUGCCAUAAUUCAGAAAAAGCUACCAACCAAGCUUAAAGAUCCUGGCAGUUUCAACAUCUCAUGCGUCAUUGGAAAUGACCGACAGAUAAAGGCACUUUGUGAUCUAGGGGCGAGCAUAAAUUUGAUGCCAUUAUCGUUUUUCAGAAAGAUGAAGAUCGGCACUCUCAAGCCGACAACAAUCACACUGCAGAUGGCAGAUAGAACCAUCACCUAUCCUAAAGGAAUUGUUUAG